UGCGGGGGGUUGCUAAAAUUUUUUCGUUAGUUGUGGACAGGGUGUUGAAUUGUUUGGGGGGAAAUUAAAAAUUUCACCUGCCCCCCUCCCCUCUCCACGCCUCUGCUGUAUACAUUAUGAACGCCGCCUUAGCGCUGUAAACGUGGCCUAGCCGAUACAAUCACAGCAGAAAAUCGCCACCCUACCCUAGACAAUGAAGACUAUWCCCUAUCCCAGACAAAAAACCUACCCUUUCCCAGACUGAGAGCUCCAAAAAAGGGACUCUAUUCUGCGGCACAUACCUGUAUAGCAAGUGUAUCCCCCCCCAACCCCGGGACAUGCAGACWGCCAAUCGCCGGCAGAUCARGCUCGAAAUUCCCGCCGUUUUUGAAAAUCUACGCAGUUGACGAGUGGUUGUACGACUGCUUGUGCAUCAUUCCUGUUUAUUCACUGUUGUUUUUGAUAUGGAUAAAGUAGAUACCKAUUGGGUCAGGCACCUCAUUGUUGAUGAAGGGAAAACACAUCGCGAAAUCAGCGAAAUACUGAAAAAGAACAUACCAGUAGGGRAGAGUAGUAGAGGUUUGAGCGAACGUUCUGUAAGAAGGUUCUGCGAAAAGAAAAAUCUUCACUUCAGAUCUGGUUUGGACAUGAAUAGUCUUGCUGUGUUAACAAGAAAUACAGUGCAACAGGUUGGUCCAGUAUGGGGACGAAGGAUGGUUAAAGGUCUUUUAAAAUCUAGAGGCAUAAAUGUCUGCUAUAAGCGUCUUGGUGCUUGUAUGGCAUAUUCAACACCUAACUAUCACCAACAAAGAUUGACAAAUACAGCAAAACAAACAAAUCCCAUACCUUACUAUGCUGAGUACUUUGGUCACAAACUGCAUUUUGACCAGAACGAAAAGUUGGUGAUGUAUGGGGUUACACAUGUUUGUGCAACAGAUGGAUAUAGUGGAAAAAUUGUCAGUCAUGCUAUCAUGCCAAUUAAAAACAACCUUGUAAUAUAUGAGAAUGUUUUUAGGUAAGAUGGAGGACAUUAAUUUUCAUAUAGAACCCAACUACAAUACUU